AUGACGUCAAACGACAGCGCCUCCUCGCUCCGCACUUAUAGAGGCAACUGCCACUGCGGGGCAUUUGUCUACGAGGCAGAGCUGCCCGAGAUCACGGCCGCUUCCGAGUGCCCGUGCAGCAUCUGCCGGAAAAAGGGCUACCUGUUUGUGGGCACCAACUCCAAGACGCAUUUCAAAGUGGUCAAGGGCUCGCUGGAGAGUCUGUCCGAGUACACGUUUGGGACCAAGGCGCUGCACCACAAGUUUUGUUCUCAUUGCGGAACGGCGGUUCUGGCGACUGUUCCAACGGUACAGGCGCCGAGAAAGGAUAUUUAUCUGAAUGUGCACGCCAUUCAAGGCAUCAAUACUUGGACGCUCGAACGUACGCCCAUCGAUGGGACCAAGAUUGGAAACCCUUACGAAGAGCCCAAGCAUAUCGGGCCCCUGCCGGCCGUCGAAGUUGAAGGCGGGCAGCUCUACACGGGCAGCUGCCACUGCGGCAAGCUCACCAUUGCCGCCGUGAUCAAAACGCUCGAAGACGACCGGGACUCUGGCAUGAUUGAAUGUAACUGCAGCAUCUGCGAGCGUAAUGCCUAUCUGUGGGUGUACCCCAAAACCGAGCAGGUGGUGCUGUCAGGUAAGGAAGAGGAUAUUGCGCGGUACCGCUUCAACCACGAGGUGCUGGCCAAGCCGUUUUGCAGGACGUGCGGCGUCAGCAUGAGCAAUCCGGUCAACGAGAAGACGACGGCCGACGAGGCGGCCGCCAGAAUGCCGGACGCGGACGCGGCGCAGCGGGACAAGGUGCGUCGGAUCAUGGCGCAUCACCGCACCAUACACCCGGUGAAUGUGCGGACGCUGCACGGCGUGGACCUGAGCAGGCUGCACGUAAGGAGGUUGGACGGGGCAAAGUUGAUUGCGCCGCCGUACCUACUCCGAAGCCAAUACACCACCACCACCACAACCACCGCCACCAUGGGCGCGCCCAUUGUCGAUCUCGAACCUCCCCAAGGCUCCUCCCAAGCCGCCAAGGACCUCUUCUCCGGCGCCGUCGGCGGCAUCGCGCAGGUCCUCAUCGGCCAGCCCUUUGACAUUGUCAAGGUGCGCCUGCAAACCACGACGCAGUACCGCGGGGCCCUCGACGCCGCCGCCUCCAUCUACCGCCACGAGGGCGCCCUCGCCUUCUACAAGGGCACCCUGACGCCGCUCAUUGGCAUCGGCGCCUGCGUCUCUGUCCAGUUCGCCGCCUUUCACGCCGCGCGCCGCUGGUUCGAGCAGCGCAGCGGCACCCUCCCCGGCGAGCGCCUCGCCUACUCUCAAUACUACGCGGCCGGCGCGUUUGCGGGCGUCGCCAACACGGUGCUCUCCAGCCCCAUUGAGCAUAUCCGCAUCCGGCUGCAGAGCCAGCCGCACGGCGCGGGCAGGUUGUACAGCGGGCCCGUCGACUGCGUGCGCAAGAUUGCCGGCGAGGCUGGCGUGCUCGGCGGCUUGUACCGCGGCACCUCGGUCACGCUGCUGCGCGAGGCGACGGCGUACGGCGCGUGGUUUACCGCGUUUGAGUGGAUGAUGAAUGCCGACGCCCGCCGCACGGGCGUCGACCGCAAGGACGUGCCCGGCUGGAAGGUGGCCUUUUACGGCGGCCUGGCCGGCGAGUGCCUCUGGCUCGCCUCGUACCCCUUUGACGUGGUCAAGAGCAAGAUGCAGACGGACGGGUUCGGGAAGCGCCAGCAGUUCAAGUCGAUGCGAGACUGCUUCGCCGCGACGUAUAGGGCUGGCGGGCUGGCGGGCUUCUGGAAGGGCAUUGGGCCGACGCUGCUGCGUGCCAUGCCUGUCAGCGCGGGCACAUUUGCGGUGGUUGAGAUGACGAUGCGCGCUCUCAGCUAA